CGCUCCCCGCUCUCCCUGGCAGGCGCGCAGGUGGACCAGUCAGUUUUUGAGGAGCUCAUCCAGGAACACCUCCCUGAGCUGGCAGAGCACAUGAACGACCUCUCGGCGCUGGGGUCCGUCUCCCUCUCCUGGUUCCUGACGCUGUUCCUAAGCAUCAUGCCUCUGGAGAGCGCCGUGAACGUCGUCGACUGCUUCUUCUACGACGGCAUCAAGGCCAUCUUCCAGCUGGGGCUGGCUGUGCUGGAGGCCAAUGCAGAGGAGCUGUGCAGCAGCAAAGAUGACGGGCAGGCCCUGAUGAUCCUCAGCAGGUUUCUAGAUCACAUUAAGAAUGAAGACAGCCCAGGGCCCCCCAUUGGCAGCCACCAUGCCUUUUUCUCUGAUGACCAGGAGCCCUAUCCUGUGACUGACAUUGCUGACCUGAUCCGGGACUCCUAUGAGAAAUUUGGAAAGCAGUCUGUGGAGCAGAUUGAGCACCUGCGCUGCAAGCACAGGAUCAGGGUCCUGCAAGGCCACGAGGACACCACCAAGCAGAACGUGCUCCGUGUCGUUAUCCCAGAAGUCUCCAUUCUUCCUGAAGACCUGGAGGGACUGUAUGACUUAUUCAAGAGAGCACACAUGAUGAGCUGUUACUGGGAACACCCUAGGCCCACGGCCCUCCGCCAUGAUCCCAGCAGGCCCUAUGCUGAGCAGUACCGCAUUGACGCCCAGCAGUUUGCACACCUAUUCCAGUUGGUGUCACCGUGGACCUGCGGGGCCCACACAGACAUCCUCGCGGAGAGGACCUUCAGGCUCCUGGACGACAACAUGGACCAGCUCAUGGAGUUCAAAGCCUUCGCAAGCUGCCUAGACAUUAUGUACAAUGGAGAAAUGAACGAGAAGAUCAAGCUGCUCUACAGGCUUCACAUCCCACCAGCACUCACUGAAAAUGACAGAGACAGCCAGUCACCACUGAAGAAUCCUCUGUUGUCAACUUCACGACCCCUGGUAUUGGGCAAGCCCAAUGGCAAGUAUCUGUUCUUACUGCCUAGUCCUGGCACCUGUCCCUCCUGUCCCCCCCUCAGCCCGUGGUCAGCGUUAAUUGAAACUGUUGUUUUCCUUUUUCAAGGUGACACAAUUGAUUAUCAGAAACAACUGAAACAGAUGAUUAAGGAUUUAGCGAAAGAAAAGGAUAAAAUGGAGAAAGAGUUGCCCAAAAUGAGCCAGAGAGAAUUUAUCCAGUUCUGUAAAACUCUAUACAGUAUGUUCCAUGAAGACCCAGAGGAGAAUGCCCUGUAUCAAGCCAUCGCCACAGUGACCACUCUCCUGCUGCAGAUUGGAGAAGUGGGCCAGCGAGGCAGCAGCUCAGGAAGCAGCUCCCAGGAAUGUGGUGAGGAGCUGCAGGCCUUGGCUCCUUCUGACCAGGACUCAGUUUUUGCUGAGGCUGAGAAGACUCCCCAGGCCUUUCCUGAGGCAGAAGGGGACUGGACUGUCUCUCUUGAACACAUCUUGGCAUCACUUCUCACAGAGCAGUCACUAGUAAACUUUUUUGAGAAGCCGCUCAACAUUAAAUCCAAACUUGAAAAUGCCAAGCUCAAUCAGUACAGUCUCAAGGUUUUGGAGCGGAGCCACCCACCGCCUGAACUAAAGCUGAACAACCCAUAG